AUGGGCGUCGAUUGGAACUCCAUGUCCUUCCAGGGCGCUUUUAGGUUCUCUGGAGGCAAGAAGCUCAAUGACCAUCAGUACCGCUAUCUAUUGCUAUUCUGGCAGAUUGAGCGGUGCCAGCGGAAUAUUGAUGAAGUAAAAGAAUGUCCUGACCCUGUCCGGGAGCUCGUCGGCCUUCCUCUUGGUGCUAAAGGCGAGUUCUUCCUGAGCUCAAAGGACUUUCUUGACCUUCCCACCGAGACGCAGACACAGUUCUUACAAACAAGGAGGUUUGGCAACGAGUACCAUGACCAUCUUGGCGGCUGGGACACGUCCCAGACAGGACUGAUAAAGAACGACCCGCACGGAAGAGAAUCACACUUUCACACUUUUCGGCUUCUCACGGCGUUUCGAGACAGAAAGGAACCGUGUCACUGGGUGCCUACGCUGGACGCCUGUGGAAUAGAGUGGUGCUAUAAUCGGCGCACUGGAAUUCCCGAGCGUUCAGUCAGCUUCGACGGUGCCGUGUUCUGGAUUCAGUGGAUAGCCGACAACAUACUGCGGCCCUGGGGCCUGACGUUGGAAGGGGAAGUCUGGUAUCAAGGAGAAAGCCAGACUUGCACGGGUCGGCUCGUCAUACUUACAACCGGAUCCAUAGUGAAGCAAACGGCGCGUGGAAACCAGAUACCAAACAUGCUGGGUGCCGCUGCAAGCAAUAGCGUAUCGCUGGCCAAAACUUUGCCCGGCGAACAGCUCGUGAUGAGGGAUCCCUUUGGCAGGACGCCCCUCCUGCUGGCGGCUUGGUUCAAGUCACACGAGAUGCUCGACUGGCUUAGCACGCAGCUACAGGACGACACUUGGCAGCUGGAUGCGGUCUUCGCAAGAAAGCCGUGCUAUUCCUUUACCUAUGACCAAUUCCCUCGGAUUUUUGAGGGCGCCAGCGUGUUCCACUUUCUCCCCGCUCUAGACGCGUACCAUCCGGCGGUUCCCCGCUUCCUGGCGCGUCUUGCGCAGGCCCCUAUGCCAGUGGGCAUGCUCGAACGCUUCACGAGAAUCUCUGGUGAACCAGAGACGGAGCCAGACCAUAUGGGACCGGCUGAUGAGGACAUCCACAAUCCGCUUACACAUGCUGUUUUCUCCGGAAACCGCCUGGUCGCUGAAUUGCUUCUGAAAUUGGGCGCGGACCCGGAUUGCCAUCACAUCGACUCGAGUUUGCGCUCGAAGCCCUUCCCCUCCCCUUCCUCGUGGCCUCUCAUACAUGCUGCCACGUGUCAGGAUACCUCCAUGUUGCGGUUGCUGCUUGAGUGGGGCGCCAGCGUCCACGUGUCGAGAAGACCAACAUGUGAAUCACGUGGUUGGUGGGGACUAGGCGGGCCGGAAGUUUAUUGGAUCCUGCCGGAAGCGAUGACGCCCCUGCAUCUUGCGGCAUACCGCCGCCGCUACGACAAUGUUCGCGUCUUGGUCUUUCACGGUGCUGACGUUCGCAAGGAGUGCAACUUGGGAGAUAGGCACAUACGCGGUCAUGGGAAGAGAUUGACCGACGGAGGGACGGCUAGAGCUCGGUGGAAUUGGGGCUCAAGAUCGAGCACGUGCGGAAGAGAAGUGAGAACUAUGUCGUUCUGCACGAGAAUGCUGUCACGGACGCAGUAG